AUGAUAGUAGAAAAUAAUAAUUACGAAGCUAAUGAAGCAUAUAAUGUUAUUUAUGAAGAGGUAAAAUUAGAGGAUUUUGAAUUUGAUGAAUCUAUUAAAACAUUUUUUUAUCCUUGCCCUUGUGGUGAUAUUUUUGAAAUUACUUUAGAAGAUCUUUUAAAAGGAGAAAAUAUUUUAAGAUGCCCCAGUUGCUCAUUAACUAUUAAAAUAAUAUAUGAUUUUAAUAAUUUAAAAAAAUAUACAUAA